CCUCAGGAGGCCAUCAUGGACGGGACGGAGAUCGCGGUGUCCCCGCGCAGCCUGCACAGCGAGCUGAUGUGCCCCAUCUGCCUGGACAUGCUGAAGAACACCAUGACCACCAAGGAGUGCCUGCACCGCUUCUGCUCCGACUGCAUCGUCACCGCCCUGCGCAGCGGGAACAAGGAGUGUCCAACGUGCCGGAAGAAGUUGGUUUCCAAGCGAUCCCUACGACCGGAUCCCAACUUUGACGCUCUGAUCUCCAAGAUAUACCCCAGCCGGGAUGAGUACGAGGCCCACCAGGACCGUGUCCUGGCCAAGCUCAGCCGGCUCCACAACCAGCAGGCGCUCAGCAGCAGCAUCGAGGAGGGGCUGAAGAUGCAGGCGAUGCACAGGUAG